AUGCCCUCACCUCCACGCCUAGCCAGAUGCCUUGACAUUGCUCGACUCCCUAAAAAUACGAACAACCUAACUCAUGUGAACACUCGCGCGACCACACCGGGGUCGGUGUACCCACUUCUCUACCGCGACAGGCGGACACCUCUGAAACAUAUGUUGGAUCCAACUCAUACCGCAGCUCCACUAUCAAUUUCCGAACGCCAUAAGCUGUCACCCAUUUGGCAUUCCCGAUAUUUCGACCUUCAGGCCUUGCCGAAGGCGUGGCUCAUCAAGGAUGAGUAUCCCGUAUCCCCGCGAGGAUGGGACUACACUCCCUAUCCAGAGACUCGCGCCAAAGACAUGAAAGGACUUGACAUGUCUGUCGUAUUCUCCCGCAGGAACGACUACAUCGGCGAGGAUAAGUUCGUGUGGAGUACAGUCAAGCGUAAACUCCGAACGGCUUUGCAGUUGAUCAUUACCCGAGGCGCACGAGUCCAGAACUUGUCCACGGAGGGUGCAGCUCAAGCGCCUCUGCUUGUAUUUGAUCCGCUUGACGCGAAUGCGGAUCGUUGGGUUCAACCUGAUUGGACAUAUGUAUUCUUGCCAAAGAAAGCACUAUACCGGACCACCGUCAAUCAUAGUGUCGGGCCAGUUCGUGAAGCCUUGGUGUAUAUCCUCGAACAGGCUAAACUGCGUGAGAAGGAACGGUGGAUUUUGCCGGCGAAGCCUGCACCCAAAACUGGAGAACAUUCCAAGCGUGGCGCUCGAAAGCCACAAAAGUCCUAA